GGCUGGGCUCCGUCGUGGUGGAGACAGGAAGUCGCUGGGGCGGUGCGGCCUCUAGUGGCCGCAGCCUGUGAUUGAGUGACUCAGUAGUACACAUGGUCAGGGGAGUUGUGCAUGUCUUGAAGCGGCUCAGGAAGAGAUGGCGGGCAGCGCCGGAGAAUGGUGCCUGAUGGAGAGCGACCCCGGGGUGUUCACCGAGCUCAUCAAAGGAUUCGGCUGUCAAGGAGUUCAAGUAGAAGAAAUUUGGAGUUUAGAUCAAGAUCACUUUGAAGAUCUUCAGCCUGUGCAAGGUUUAAUUUUCCUUUUCAAAUGGCAACCGGGGGAAGAGCCCUCAGGAUCUGUAGUCCAAGAUUCCAGGCUGGAUACCUUAUUUUUUGCAAAACAGGUCAUAAAUAAUGCAUGUGCCACACAAGCAAUUGUAAGCAUAUUACUCAACACAACACAUCCUGAUGUUUCUUUAGGAGAAACACUUUCUGAAUUUAAAGAAUUCACCCAAAGUUUUGAUUCUGCGAUGAAGGGAUUGGCAUUAAGCAACUCUGAAGUAAUUCGCCAAGUACACAACAGCUUUGCAAGGCAACAAAUGUUCGAAUUUGAUGCAAAAUUCUCUACAAAAGAUGACGAUGCUUUUCACUUUGUCAGCUAUGUCCCUGUAAAUGGAAGAUUGUAUGAGCUGGAUGGUUUGAGGGAUGGACCAAUUGACCUCGGUCCUUGUAAUCAGGAUGACUGGAUCGGUGUUGUCAGACCUGUGAUUGAGAAACGGAUGCAAAAGUAUUGUGAAGGGGAAAUACGAUUCAAUCUGAUGGCCAUUGUUUCAGAUAGAAAGAAAAUAUAUGAAAAGAAAAUUUCUGAAUUGCAGAAACAACUUUCAGAGGUUGAACCCAUGGAAACUGACCAUAACAGUCUCAUAAACUCAGUUCAGUCGGAAGUUGCUAAAUACCAACUCCUGUUAGAUGAAGAACAACAGAAGACUAAACGAUACAAGAUUGAGAACAUCAGACGGAAGCACAACUACCUUCCAUUUAUCAUGGAAUUGUUGAAAACGUUAGCAGAACAUCAGCAGUUAAUACCACUAGUAGAAAAGGCCAAAGAAAAGCAAACCAGAAGACUACAGGAGGCGAAAUGAACACUGUUUGCCAAAUAUAGUGGAGAAGAAAGAAAUGUCAUGCUUCGACUUUUUGUUGUCAUAGAACUUGAAGAGAAAAAAAAAUAAAUAGCCGCCAAGAAAUUUCAUGUAAUAUAUACACUUUGCUAAAUUUUCAUUUGUUUUGUAUAUACAUUCUGUUUAAAUCCCACAUACUGGUGCAUAUUUACUAUAAAUGCUGUAGGUGAAUUUCAUAAUAUAUUAGAAUUAAAAUAGAUCUAUACUCGGUAUUGGAGACCAGUCGACAAUUGCAUUAUGUGAUUUUUAAAGGGAAUGUUUCGUCAAACAAUGAUUUACGUCUUUAAGUUAAACAUAAAUUUUUCACAGUA